AUGGGCGUGUCUUUCGAGGUUGCAAGAGUGGGUACCAGUUUGAAUGGCAUUUCAGUAGUUCUGGACUAUUGGUCUGGGGGCUUUUUCUUCUGGGGGAUGAGUAUAGGAGCUGCAUUAGUUGAUGACUCAAAUAAGAAGCACAAGAAUCUAUCGCACUCAACCUCAGAAGGACUUGAGGUGUCCUUCUCACUGAAUUUAUUCAAAGAUGGAUUUUCUAUUGGGAAAGGUAAUGAGUUCCCCAGUGAUGUGCCAAAGCAGUUGCUUCCAUAUGACAAGGCGUCAGAAACACUUUUCUCUGCCAUUGAGUAUGGUUGGUUACCUGGAGAUAUGCUUGAUGAUAUUCCUUGCAAGUACAUCAAUGGAGCUCUUAUGUGUGAGAUUCGGGAUUAUCGCCAUAUUUUGAUAUAUAAAGAGGAUCACACUUCAUCAACUGCGAAUAUCCCAAUUGUGCAUAAGUUGACCCUUCAAUUGUGCAUGGAAACUGUUGUCAAGGACAUAUUGUCAGUCUCAAAUGAUUCUUGGACAUAUAAAGAUCUUCUGGAAAUUGAGUCUUGCAUCAUCAAGGCUUUGCAACCAGAUCUUCAUUUGAACCCGGAACCUUUAGGGGGCCAACUUUUUGGUGAAUCUCGAGGAAAGAAGCAUGCAUGGCAGCUUGAUCUGGGUAUUGCAUGGAAGUGGAAGAAAAGAAAGCUAAGUGAUGAACCAAUGCAAGGUUUGCCAAUCAGAAGCUCAAAUCUUCUAAAACAUGCUAUGCGUGAUUAUCUCACCCAAAAGCACAAACCUCAAUGUGGUCCUCUGGGAAAAGAAAAAAGCACUUCUAGUAUGCUGGAAAAUAUCUCCAGCCGUUUUUGUAAUCCACCGGGGAUAAAUUCUGCUCUUGAUUACUCAUCAUGCUCAAUUGCCUUAAUGGUUCCAAAGAUACCUAAUUUUGUUUAUAUGCCCAAUCAACCACUUGCUAAUGCUACGAAUGGCAUGGCUCUGGGGAAUUCCAUAGUUUCUUGUGAGAACAGCGUUUGCAACAAACAAUCUACUAAAAGAAUCCCUUAUAAGAAACCAAAACAAGAGCCAGUGGACCUGCCUAAACUCCAGCUUGUAGGCAGCCAAGUCAGCAUUGCACCUGAAGGUCCUGAACUACAGUGGGUGGACAACGCACCAAAACAGCAAUUUGAUGUUGAGAAAAGUCUAUGUGAAAGCAAAAAGAGAAAAUUCCAUGUCAAGCAAUCAACACGUAAUGACCAAAUGAUGCUUAAAGGAAUUCAAAACGAUCAGAUCAGAGCUCCCUUUGUGAAACAGGAGCCUGCUGAGCCAAGUGGCCUACACGCUGAUGGUUCUUGCAAGGAUAGGAGCAUUGGUCCAUCUAAUUUGUAUAAUUCAAAACAGCACUUCUUAUUGAAGCUGUCGACAAUUAAUAGCACUUCCAUCUGCUCAUCCAAUCACUUGGAUCAGCCUUAUGACAAGUGUCUGAAAAAUGGAAAUGCUGCUCUGAAGAGAAAAGUCUCUCAGAAUUUGCAGGCUACAGCUGCAGAUGGAAGUCUGUCAACUACUCGAAAUAGCAGUUCCUUGCAAAGGCAGGCUUCUAUGAGAGCGGCACAUAAAAGCUCUCGUUCUAGAGGUUUGAAAGCUGAAGCAGCUGGUGCAGUCAUCAGCAUGAGCAGCGGUAAUCUGGCUGGUGCAAAUAGCCUGACUGUGAAGAACCUGUGUCCACCACAGCAAUCAGUUGAAGAUGAAAAUGCUUCUAGCAGAUUAUUAAAGAUUCUAGAAGUGUGUGAGAGGUAUGGAUUGAUUGACAGGAAGCUCAAGUUGGAUCAAAUUGUUCGAAAGAAGCCAUCCUUCCACCAGACUCCUCCCCUGGUUGGUGUUCACCUUGCAAGUUUUGAGGACGGUGGAAAGUCAGAAGAUUCUAUGGGAUAUAAAAUUUCUUCAUCCAAGUAUUCCAGAAGUGACUGUCCAGUGGUUGAUAACGCAGCUCUGGUUAAACUGGUCAUGUUGGAAAACCUAGACAUUGGAACAGUUGAAGUGCACGUGUUCUAUGGAUGUGAUGGAGAUCAUCCUGUUUCCUCGUCUCUCUUGCCUACUUUUUCUAGUUCUCUGCGUUCUGCAAACCAGAUUGCUUGUCAGUUCACUUCAUUGAUGAUUCGUGAAGGGUACCGCAUAAUUAGUGAUCAAGUUGGGUCCUUACCUCGUAACGAAAAUGGUGAAUUAGGUAUCAAAAAGCAGCCAAUUGUCAGUAAUUCCAUUUUGACACAUAGAACAGUGAAACCUUCUGCAACUUGCGCUGUUGGGUUGUCUUCACCUCCCUUGCAUAAUUCAAGUAGUAGGAUGCCAUUCCAAUUCGAUGUUCCUACGCAAUCACCACAGCCCACUAUUCUCUCUGGAUUGAAUGUCACUGUGGGUGGAAAUAGUUUCUCAUCACCGCAGCCGACCCACAACAGUGCAUUUAAUCUUCAAAUUGACAAUCUUCAACAGCAAAUGAGGUCCAUCCAGCAGUGGUGGCAACAGAGUGCAAAUAAAUUUUUGUGGUUGCAAUAUCAAAUGCAGCUGCUGAAGCAUUGGCAAGAACAGGAACUCAUUCCAGGGACAGAAUCCACAGUUUAUCUGGGCGCUGCUGCAAGCGGCCAUGGUACAGUACCAUUAAAUGGAGGCCAAAGGAUCAUCAGAAACAUAGAAUCUAGCUCCUGUAGUCAUAUCACUGGCAUCAAUUGUUCUGGACCUAUACUUUCUGAGGGACUGAUGCACUGCCUGAACAGUUUGAGCACCUCUAGCAAUCUCCAGAAUAAUCAUAUACUGGGUUCGAACGAUGAGCAGCUCUUUGGUGCAGUUUCAGAUGGCAGAUUUGCGGUUUUCCCAACACCGAACACUAGCCAAGGUCAGGGUUUCGUUGGCGGAUUGCCAACCCCGAGAAAUGCAAGCAUGCUCUCAACUGCCCACGCACAUGCUAUUAACAUGAGAAACAUAUGCAACAAUCGCAGGGAGCCCUGGGCAGAGACAAGCCAGCCAUCCCAUAUGGUGUUGCAGCAGGACAUUGGGCCAAUGGCAAUGCUUGGGCCAAACAAGGCGGCUAGGUUAGCUAAUCAGGUGGUUCCAUCUCUACCUCUACUUCCCUCACUGCAUAGUAAGUUGCCUCAAUUGAGCACUCGGCAACUGAAUCCCGGUAGCAUGGCAACUUCGCAGCAGAUAAACGAUGGGAGCAUAUCAGGUUCUGGAAGUCCAGAGGUUAGAGCCUGGACUCAUGGAUCUGUAGGUAAUAGCAAUAUCUAA